AUGCGAUCGAUACCUCUGCAGCUGCGCACGCCUCGGAGCGAGAAAAGGCAAGAGUACCAGACUGCCGUUCGAGGACCACAGGCGCUCCUGGACCCCAAGAGCGACGAGAUUCUAGCUAACGCGAUUAAGGAACCGGUCGCUUUUUUUGGAGGUGUGGUGGCUGGCAUUCUGCGGCUGGACUUGAACGAGGAACCACUGAGAGACUGGGUGAAGCGGACUGCGGAUGCUGCUGGUGUGGCCCCUGCAUCCUCCAAGACAUUGGUGGAUGAUGAUGAUGGUGAUGGAGCCCUUCCCUCAGAUUUUCCUGGCGAUAUUCCCCCAAGGACCAACAACACUCUCACCUUCGUGGGCGCCGGGAACGAUGCGGCGGUGAGCGCGGAGGCGGAUGACGAGACGUGCGAGAUCGUGCACGGGCGCGACCUGAUGCUGGGGGGGGACGAGGGGCCGUCAGAUGCGAGCUCAACCACGUCAGCAGCCAUUGCGGCUGCGGCGCACGGGCUGGGGGGAGAUCGGGAGGCGUUCCGCGCGCAUCUGGUGGAGCCGAUUAAGAAUAAGAACGGGAGCGGCGUGGUGUUGCUGUCUGAUGUGAUGGGUCUCGACGACGCGGACACGAAGAUGUUCGCGUACCGGCUUGCUUGCUUCGGCUACAGCGUGCUCAUCCCCGACCUCUUCCGCGGGCAGCCCUGGGAAGCGUCUCGCCCGAAGGAGGAGUACGACUCGUGGCGCGAGUCACUCAACGCCACGCAGCUAUCCAUUGACAUCGACACCGCUGCGCGCUACCUCGCCGCCUCCAUCUCCCUCCCCGCGCCUGUCAGCCCUGGCAACGGCCGCAUCGCCCUGCUGGGCUUCUGCUUUGGAGGGGGGCGGCUGAUUGAAGCUCUGGCCCGGGAUGGCAGCAGCGGGAGUGACGGUGACGGUUUGACAGCUGAGCUGUUCAGCACGGGGGUGUUUUUCUAUGGGACCAGGUUUGAUCCUGCUAUUGCUGGGAGCAUCCGGGUGCCGUUGCUGCUGGUGGCUGGGGACAGCGACUCGCUGUGCACUGUAGAGACCCUGCAAGAGGUGGCGAGGAGAGUGAAAGGGGGAGCAGGACCGGGGAAGGAGGUGGAGGUGGUGACGAGGGUGUAUGCGGGGCGGGGCCAUGCGUUUGCGCACCGGCCCAAGAGCAUGGAGGAGGAUGAGGAUGCUGAGGAUGCGUUUCAUGCCACCAGGCACUGGCUGCAUGAACACCUGCUGGAAGGCGCCCCAGGAUGGACUGAGCCUGUUGCAGUCAGCAAGAAGUAG